AUGAAGACCGACCAAGGAUUUACCGGGCGCGAAGUCCAGGUCGAGAAAGCCCCGGUCGAGCAGGCGCUCCAAAACGGUUGGGCUAAUCCGCAUCGGAAGAGAACGACGUCUCGUACCGUGAGGGUGGCUUCAUAUGUGAUCUUGUCCCUGUUGUUGUUCGUCUUUUUCGUCCCGUUGCCGGUUCCCUUUGGCUGCAUUCAUCACAAGUUUGUCCCAACCAGGCUCCGAAGCUUUGAGGACCGUGCUAAACAUAUCUUGCGGCACAACCCCCUGAUCGACGGACACAACGACUUGGCGAUCUGGAUCCGGGCGAAUCACGGCAACCACAUCAACAAUGAGUCGUUCAGCAAGCCGUUCGCGGAAGGCGGCCUGAAAGGCCAUGUCGACAUUCCCCGGCUUCAAACCGGGUUGAAUGGCGGUGCCUUUUGGAGCGUCUUUUGGCCUUGCCCGGCCAAUGGAACUGACUACUCGGACGAGAACUACCAUUCUACCGUCCAAGGCACUUUUCAACAAAUCGACGUCCUCGCCCGGCUCCAGGCGGCGCAUCCUUCCGUUUUCUCCCCACCAACUCUGACCAGCCGCGAAGCCCUACACCGCUUCCGCUGGCAUCACCAAUUCGAGCAUCCUCUUCACGACCACCUCGACAACGAGGAAGAUCAUGACUUCGAAGACGACGAUAACAACCACGACGACAAUGACCGCCCUCACCACCACCGCCCUCAACAUCCCCACCACCCUCGGCAUCGACACCGCCACCACGCCCUGGGCCCGCUCAUUUCCCCCCUAGGCGUCGAAGGCCUCCACCAAAUCGGCAACAGCCCCUCCAUCCUGCGCCAAUACCACGCCCUCGGCGUCCGCUACGCCACCCUCACACACAACUGCGGCAACCGCUUCGCCGACGCCGCACUCUGGGAACACCCCUUCCGCGUGGCCGAACCAGUCUGGCACGGCGUCAGCCCCGAAGGCCGCCGACUGAUCCGCGAGAUGAACCGCAUCGGCAUGAUUGUGGACUUGGCGCAUACCAGCCAGGAUACGAUGCGGGAUGUGCUGGGGGGCAGUGUGGAGGAGAAGGGGUGGGAGGGUAGUGCGGCGCCGGUGAUUUUUAGUCAUUCGAGUGCGUAUGCUGUGUGUCCGCACCCGAGGAAUGUGCCGGAUGAUGUGUUGGAUUUGGUGGGGAAGCGGGGUGGGGUGGUGAUGGUGAAUUUUAAUGGGGGUUUUAUUUCUUGUGUGGAAGCGGCUGAAGGGGGGAAUGGGAUACCGGAGUUUGAGCCGAAGAAUUCGACGUUGGCGCAGGUGGUGAAGCAUGUGUUGUAUAUUGGGGAGCGGAUUGGGUUUGACCAUGUUGGAUUAGGGAGUGAUUUUGAUGGGAUUCAGGACGUGCCCGAGGGGUUGGAGGAUGUGUCCAAGUUUCCGGACCUGGUGGUUGAGCUGCUGAAGCAUGGCGUGAGUGAUGAGGAUGUCGCUAAGAUUGUUGGCGGGAAUGUGCUGCGGGUUUGGGGAGAGGUUGAGGCUGUGGCUAAGAAGCUGCAAAAGGCUGGCGAGCCGGCGAUGGAGGAUACGUUCUCAGGGCGGCUCCGGGGAAACCUCCUGAACGACGUCGAAGAGCUCUGA